UCCCGUUCCGGGCCGGGAGGCGGCUCCCCCGGCGGGGACCGGAGCUGUCGCCGCUUUUCGGCCCCGCAGCGCAGCCCCCGAGCACCGGCGGGGCGGGGGGAGCAGCCCGGGGCCCGCAGCCUCGCCGCCGCAGCGGGGCGGGAGCGGGGCGGGGCGGCGGCGGCCCCUUCCCUUCCCUUCGCUCUCGGCGCCGGGCGGAGCGCAGCGGGGCCGGGACCCCUCCCCGCCGCCCCAGCAGGCUGCCUUUCUCAGGGAGAGGUCACAGAUGGCAGAACUACGUGGAAGAGAAGUAUAAUGGCAAAAAUGGCAGAAAAAUGAACCAAACUUCCUAAACUUCAGAAAACUCAAACAAAUGCUGCUUCUUCUCGUUCCUACCUGCUGACCACACCAGGGUGGCCAUGACUCAACCCAGUUUCUAGGCACUGAGGGACAGAGGUGGUGAGAGACCUGUCUCAGGGUGAGGCCCUGGGACGGCACUGAUGGAGAGCGUGUACUCGGUGGAGCCAGCACCAGAUGGUGCUGGCCCCACAUCACUGGACAUGCUCAGCUUUCUGGAUGCCCUGGUGAACAGCACAGAAGAGCAAUGCUUCAGUGCCCACUCCCGCAGCACCGUCCUGGAAGGACUACCAUUUGGUGGUGUGCCCACCGUGCUUGCCAUGAACUUCAUCCUCUGGCUGCUUCUCCUCCUGAUCUUCUCCUGCCUUCGGAAAGCAGCUUGGGACUAUGGGCGCCUGGCAUUGCUGAUGGACAAUGAUAGUUUGACAUCGCUUUUCUAUGGAGAGCAGAGUGAGAAGGAGAAGUCUCCGUCAGAGAGCAGCCCCCUGGAUGCCGACAACAAGGAUGUGGGAUUCUGCUCCUGGCUCAUUUCUAUCUACCAGAUGAAGGAUGAGGAGAUUCAGAGCAAGUGUGGGAUCGACGCCACCACCUACCUCUCCUUCCAGCGGCACCUCCUGGUCCUGCUUACGCUGGUCUGUGUGCUCUCUGUGGCUGUUAUCCUGCCCGUCAACUUCUCGGGGGACCUCCUAGGACACAAUCCCACCCACUUUGGCCGGACAACUAUCGCCAACAUCCCAACACAGGACCGUCUCCUGUGGCUGCACAGCAUCUUCGCCCUCAUCUAUUUCAUCCUCACUGUCCUGUGCAUGGCUCACCACUCUGUCCACCUUGAAUACAGAGAGAACGAGAAGGUUGCCCGGACACUGAUGGUUACCCACAUCCCCAAGGAGAUCACAGACCCUUCCCUUAUCAUCAAGCAUUUCCACGAGGCUUAUCCCAGCUGCACUGUCACCAAUGUCCAGUUCUGCUUCGAUGUGCGCAAGCUGAUGAAGCUGGAUGCGGCGAGGCGCAAGGCAAUGAAAGGGCGACUUUACUUCACCACCAAGGCACAGAAAGAGGGGAAGAUCAUGAUCAAAACUCACCCUUGCGCCCGGAUCUUCUGCUGCCGUUUCUGUGGCUUUGAGCAGGUGGAUGCCGAGCAGUACUACGGGGAGCUGGAGGAGAAGCUUACGGACGAGUUCAAUGCUGAGCGCAACCGCAUCACGCUGAAGCGGCUCGACAUGGCCUUCGUCACCUUUCAGGAUGAGCGGAUGACGGCUGUGAUUUUGAAGGACUACAGCCACAUCCGCUGCCGCAAGCACCCCCAGCAGUCCUCUGUCACCACCGUGGUUAAGUCACACCACUGGGGCGUUUGCUAUGCCCCUGCACCCAGCGAUAUCAUCUGGGAGAAUUUAUCAGUCCGUGGCACAUCCUGGUGGGCGCGAUUCAUCCUCCUUAAUAUCUGCCUCUUCGUCCUUCUCUUCUUCCUUACCACACCAGCCAUCAUCGUCAACACUAUGGACAUGUUCAACGUCACACAGCCUGUGGAGAACCUCAAGAACCCCAUCAUCACCCAGUUUUUCCCCACGCUGCUGCUCUGGGCCUUCUCUGUCUUCCUGCCCUUCCUCGUCUACUACUCAGCAUUCUUGGAGUCACACUGGACAAGGUCAAGUGAAAAUCAGCUCACCAUGCACAAGUGCUUCUUCUUCCUGGUGUUCAUGGUCAUCAUCCUGCCCUCAUUGGGGCUGAGCAGUCUGGACCUUUUUUUCCGAUGGCUGUUUGACACCCACUUUUUGGACGAGGCCAGUAUCAAGUUCCAGUGUGUUUUCCUCCCAGACAACGGCGCUUUCUUUGUCAACUACGUGGUCACCUCCAGCCUGAUUGGGACAGCAAUGGAGUUGCUGCGCAUCCCAGGCCUCCUUGUCUACACUGCCCGCCUCUGCUUUGCCAAGUCCGAGCCAGAGCGGCUUCAUGUCAAGCGGAGCCAAGCGUACCAGUUUCAGUUUGGGUUGGAGUACGCCUGGACCUGCUGUAUCUUCUCUGUCGUCAUGACCUACAGCAUCACCUGCCCCAUCAUUGUCCCCUUUGGUUUGCUCUACAUGCUGCUCAAGCACAUGGUUGACCGGUACAACAUCUACUAUGUGUACAUCCCCACCAAGCUGAACCAGCGCCUCCAUGUUGCUGCCAUCAGCCAGGUCAUGGUGGCCCCCAUCCUCUGCAUGUUUUGGCUGCUCUUCUUCUCUGUCCUGCGCCUCGGUCCUACCCGCCCUGUCACCCUGUUCACCUUCGUGGUCCUCCUCUCCUGCAUCAUCUUCUCCUUCUUUGGCCUCUGCCUGAAGAAGCUACAGCCACGGAAACCCUCCAGCUACCAGCCUCCCUCUCCCCAGAUGUCUGACCAGUCUGAGGGAGCCUUCAAUGAUGUGGAGCGGAGCAGCGUCUCCUCCACCCCCAACUCCAACCUCUUUGUGGCCACUGUUCUGCAGGAGCCUGAGCUGAGCCUGACACCAGCGGCCUCUCCGGCGCACCAGUCCUACGGCACCAUGGGCAACCACCUGGAGCCAGCAGAGGACGUGGAGGACGGGGGGCUGCAGAGCUUUGAGACAGAGCUUGAGACAGUGGAGGGCGAGUACAGGAGUGGCCCCGUGAUGGAGAGCCAAGCCCGCUACCAGUGAACAUCCCCACCAGGGCGAGGACCAGCCAUGCUGAGAGUGGAGGACAUGCUGGGGGGCAGGAAGGAGCCUUCCCAGCACUGGUGGGGACCACCUCGCUCAUGGGGCAGGGAGAUGACAGGACUGAUGUGAGGGGGAGACCCUAUUGCAUGGGAGGUGGUGGGAGGCUCUGCCGGUCGCUCCCGCUGCCUGGACCUGCUCAGCCCUGCACCCCCCACCUCCUCCCCAUCCCCCUCUGUCCCCCCCUGCCUUUUCCAGUGCAUCAUGGGGAAGAGGAGAUGCAACAGUGUGGGAAGAGGGUCUCUCUGAGAGGCCGUGCUUUGGGGGCAAAAGGGAGGUCCUGGACCCUCGGUGAGGGGGAAGCACCUCAAACAGCUUAGCCAAAUGUGCCCGCUGCCACAGUGUCCUGUCGGUCCCUACUGGCAGAGGACAGCCGCCCCUAACCCUUGCUUCCUACCCUGACCACUCACUGCUUGCAGCACCCAUUCGGCUGCCUCCCCCGGUGCCAGCCAUGCAGACUCCUGCCAUCCCCACUGCUGCCCCCAAUGCUUUGCCCAUUAAUGCAGGGACUGCUGAGACGUGCGUGCUUUGGUGGAGGAGGUGGGUGUCCAGGGCUACUCCUCGAUCUGCCUGGGCACCAGCAGCCCACCCCGAGGCAGGCAUCAUAACACAAGUCCAACUCUUCUCCGCAUCCCUUUGCUGCUGCUACUGCAUCAUGCCUGUGUCCUCCGGAGGAGUCGGAAGUUAAGGGAUAAGUGUGGUUACUGGUAGUGAGGGCAGUUCCCCAUUAUCCUGGUCCCUGCACCCCAAUCUGGCAGCAUCCUCUUCAUGCUUGCACUUCCCCUGGGGCUGGCCAUGAGACCCUGCAUGGCUCUGUCCUGUUGCAACAGAAAUGGAGGGGAGGGGCUGGCACGACCUCAGGUCCCGUUCCACCACAUCCAGCCCUGGGAUGCUGCCCCAGCAGCCACACUGCCUCCUGAGUGCAAUUCCUGCUGCGGUCAGCAUAAAUGUGCCAGCAUCCCUCAGGUUUUCUAGCUCAUCCACAGCAGUCAUGGAAGCCCCUGGGGAUGAGGACAGAUCUUUGCCAUCCUUGGCUCCUGUGCCACCAGGUUAGCCUGCCUAGGCGUGCUGGCUUCUCACUUGGCCCUGCUAUGACCUCGGGUCCUAUUUUCCUAUUUCUGAUUUUCCUGCUGGCUUGAGAGCAAUUCUAGUCACCAUCCUGGGGCCAUGUAGCAAGGGGAGGGAUGAUGAUGUAACUGCCAGCAGCCGGGCUGCUGGCAUGGGGAAUGCUGCUGUGUGAAGGCAGAGGCUCGGCCAUGGGACCACUCAGCAUUACUGCUGCUGCUGGGAGUGGGGGCACGGUGUGCCAGUCCUGGCUGGGAGGAGUGCUAAAAGGCAGCCCAGCAGUGAGCUGUGGCGCUCUUUUGGACUCAAGUGGGCCGUGGGACACCCCCAUGGGGCUAGUAGGUAUCAGGUCAGCCAGCUGGCAGCCCUGGGGCCCCCAUCCCAGCCACACUUCCGCAUGCUGGGGCAAUGGCUGCAGCAGGGUAGAUACUUAACAGUUGCUUCAGGGGGCCUUGAGCUCAGGUGCUCCCUCCCGACCUCAAAAAGCACCCGGGGUUGGGGGGCUCCCUGCUCAGGUGCCCUCAUGGACACCCGCAGCACCGCUGCUGCCCUCGCUGCCUGCUCUGGAGGCAGCCCCAGCCAGCGUCGGGGGGAUGCUAGUGAUCUCUCUCCAGGUGGAAGCAAAUGCCUGCAAGCGGCACCAUGUCCUUGGGAGCUUGGGCUGCUGGUCCGAUUGCCCUUGGCUGCCCCACUGUAGGAAUGUGCCAGAGGUCUGUACCUUCUCGUGAUUUAUUGCUAUGACCGUGCCUUGAAUAAAAUGACUU